CCAUUCCCAAUUCCAAGAGACAUACAUACAUACAUACAUACAUCAUGGCCGCCCCCAAGAUCAUCCUCUACACCAACCGCGGCUGCCCCUACGCCCAGCGCGCCCACGUCACCCUGCAGGAGCUGGGCCUCGAUUUCGAGGAGGUCACCAUCGACCUGGACGUGCCGCGCGAGCCCUGGUAUCUGGAGAUCAACCCUCGCGGCCUGGUCCCCUCCCUCUCCUACAACGGCACCAUCCUCACCGAAUCCGCCAUCGUCUCCCAAUUCCUCGCCGACGCCUACCCCUCGCACCUGCUCCCCCCGUCCAACACCCCCGAAGGCGCCCUCCAACGCGCCCGCAUCGCCUUCUUCUUCGACGCCUACAACAGCAAAGUCGCCCCGCUGUACCACGUCCCCAUCCGCGCCGCCUCCGACGCCGACCGCAAGUCCGCCACCGAGGCCCUCGCCGCCGCGCUCAAGAAGGAGGUCGCCCCCCUGAUCUACGCCAACGCCCAGGGCACCGGUCCCUUCUUCGGGGGCAGCGAGACCUUGACCUUUGCGGAGGUCUUGCUGGGGGGGUUCUUGUUGCGCUUCGAGACGCUGGCGAAGCCGGAGUAUGGGCUCUUCGACGGUAGUUUGACGGCGUCGUUGAAUGAGAAUGCGGAUUUCGCGCGCUGGUCCAAGGCCACGAGGGAGCAUCCGAGUGUGAAGGCGAUUUAUAAUGAGAAGGCUGUGGGGGAGAGGUCGGUGAGGAGGUUUGGGAAGAAAUAGACGGGGAUGUAUAUAGAGUGGAUGGUACACUGUGGAUAUAGGUUGGCUGGGUGAUGAAUUUAUGUGUUAUGCUGUGCGUAUGUGGCGUGUGCUUUGUGGUGGUCGAGACCGUCGUCGUGACAUAGGUGGUGUAUUGUAAGUGUCAUGCGUCUGGAACCUCCAUCGGAAUUCAUCUCGCGGGAUCGAUUCCCUGAAUUGACAAUUGUCCAAGAAACCCUGAGAGGGAGUUCUUCGUUUGCGUCGGUGUCCUUCCAACAAACAGGUUCCUCAGAUGGCCUCCCCCACCGCCAUUGUAGUCGGCGCCGGAGCCGGCGGAGUCGCCGUCGCAGCGCGACUCGCAAAUAACGGCUUCCAAGUGACAGUCGUGGAGAAGAACGGGGACAUCGGCGGACGAUGUUCCCUGCUGCAUCAGAAUGGCUAC